UGCUGAACUGGCCAAGCUGGGAGGAAAGAAGAAAGGGAGGGGAGGGGAGAAUCGAGGACGGCCGGCCUAGUCAGGCCAAGAAUGCAAUUGUCCCGGUGGUGGGAGCUGGGAGACCCUUGUGCUUGGACGGGACAGGGUCGGGGGACACGCAGGAUGAGCCCCGCGACCACUGGCACCUUCUUGCUGACAGCUUUUUUAUUAAGCUGUGCUGAUGGCAUAAAUGGAACAGUUAACUGGAAGACCAAACAGGCCAACAAUUAUAUUUUCAGCAGAAAAAUGACUGGUGGGAAGAAAGAUGUGUACACUAUUUUCUCCAAGGUGCACUCUGAUCGGAAUGUGUACCCAUCUGCAGGUGUCCUCUUUGUUCAUGUUUUGGAAAGAGAGUAUUUUAAGGGGGAAUUUCCACCUUACCCCAAGCCUGGCGAGAUUAGUAAUGAUCCUAUAACAUUUAACACAAAUUUAAUGGGUUACCCAGACCGACCUGGAUGGCUUCGAUAUAUCCAAAGGACACCAUAUAGCGAUGGUGUCCUGUAUGGGUCUCCAACAGCUGAAAAUGUGGGGAAACCAACAAUAAUUGAGAUAACUGCCUACAAUAGGCGUACCUUUGAGACUGCAAGGCAUAAUUUGAUAAUUAAUAUAAUGUCAGCAGAAGACUUCCCGUUACCAUAUCAAGCAGAAUUCUUCAUUAAAAAUAUGAAUGUAGAAGAAAUGUUGGCCAGCGAGGUUCUUGGAGACUUUCUUGGGGCAGUGAAAAAUGUGUGGCAGCCAGAGCGUCUGAACGCCAUAAACAUCACGUCAGCCCUAGACCGGGGCGGCAGGGUCCCACUGCCCAUUAAUGACAUGAAGGAGGGCGUUUAUGUCAUGGUUGGUGCCGAUGUACCAUUUUCUUCUUGUUUACGAGAAGUUGAAAAUCCACAGAAUCAAUUGAGAUGCAGUCAAGAAAUGGAGCCUGUAAUAACAUGUGAUAAAAAGUUUCGUACCCAAUUUUACAUUGACUGGUGCAAAAUUUCAUUGGUUGAUAAAACAAAGCAAGUGUCCACCUAUCAGGAGGUGAUUCGAGGAGAGGGGAUUUUACCUGAUGGUGGAGAGUACAAACCCCCUUCUGAUUCUUUGAAAAGCAGAGACUAUUACACGGAUUUCCUAAUUACACUGGCUGUGCCCUCGGCAGUAGCACUGGUCCUUUUUCUAAUACUUGCUUAUAUCAUGUGCUGCCGACGGGAAGGAGUGGAAAAGAGAAACAUGCAAACACCAGACAUCCAGCUGGUCCAUCAUAGUGCUAUUCAGAAAUCUACCAAAGAACUUCGUGACAUGUCCAAGAAUAGAGAGAUAGCAUGGCCCCUGUCAACACUCCCUGUGUUCCACCCUGUGACUGGGGAAAUCAUACCCCCUCUGCACACGGACAGUUAUGAGAGCACCAAUAUGCCUCUGAUGCAAACACAGCAGAACUUGCCACAUCAGACUCAGAUUCCCCAACAGCAGACUACAGGAGAUUUUCGUUUGACAACUUUUCAAAGAUUUGAGGUAAAUGGUAUCCCUGAAGAAAGAAAACUAACUGAAGCAAUGAAUUUGUAAUCAGACAAUAUAGCAGUUCUAUCUUAUUUCUUCUCUUUCCCAAUAAUGCAUGAGCUUUUCUGGCAUAUGGUGUGCAUGUCGACAGUAUUAAGUAUGUACCAAAUAACACAAUAUAACUUUCAUUUUACUAAUGUAUUUUUUUUGUACUUAAAGCAUUUUUGACAAUUUGUAAAACAUUGAUGACUUUAUAUUUGUUACAAUAAAAAGUUACCUUUAAAAUAAAUAUUAUUAAUGAA